AUGACAGAAUUAGUUAAUAUAUAAACGUCUCAAAAUCAUUUACCAAAAUAACCAUAAGAAGAAGAGGACUAUGAAAAAUUGCCUCCAAUAACUUUAUUUCAUAAAAUAACAUUCGCUCUUUUAGGCAUAUGUUCUUUAACCGGUUGGAAUUCUAUUUUAAAUGCUUUUGAUUUUUUCUAAGAUAAAUUUCCAAAACAUGAUUACGUAGAUGUCGCUUUUUAUUUCCCAAUUCCGAUUAUGUGUUCUAAUUUUUUAGUCGGAAUAACUUUAACAUUAAUAGGAAAUAAUAUUCCUUUUGAAAAGCGUAUUCCUUUUGCUUUAAGAGGGGCUGUACUUACCAUAAUUUUUAUUUGCUUGAUAGGUAUUUACCUUAAAUAAACAUAAGCGGGUAUUGCUUUAGUAUUCAUUGUUUUAAUAUUUUAAGGAAUUUUUGAUAGUCUAAUGAUUAAUUCGGCAGUAGCGCUUUCUGGAGCUACCUAAAGUGGUGUAUUAAUAAGCAUUUUCUGGAAUUUUACAGCUUUGUCAGGUAUUAUUAUGAAUGUUUUGAGAUUUAUCGCUUUUGGAGCUUUCGGGCUAUAAGAUUUAGAUAAUGGAACUUGUUUAUAUUUUGCAGUCGCAACCUUGUUUUAUUUAGUAGGAAGUAUAUUAGGACCUGCACCCUUUUUUAUAUUUACUAAUUAUGUUUAGACUUUUAUGCUUUUUCCCGGUGUCUCAGUUUUCUAAAAACCUUCAUAUACAUUAAUUUAGAAUCCUUUUGUACUUGUUUUUAUGUGUACAAUUUAUAAUUUAGGAGAUUUGACAGUCGCUAGAAAUCAGGGAUCCUAAGCUAUGUAAAACGAUCUUUUCUAAUUUUUCUUUUUAUAUAUUUUUGCUUCUAUGGAUGGAUUGAUAACUUCUAUUUUAAUGACAGUCGCGCCUUAAAGAGCAACUAAUUCAAAAGAUAGAAAUUUUAUUAGUUACGUAAAUAUGUUUUCUUUGACUUUUGGUAUUUCAGUUGGAUCAUUUAUGGCUUUAAUUUUAGUUGAUGAAUGA